UGACACACACUGACUGGCUGCACCGCAUGCACGCAACACACACUUGGAGGAAAAAGACGCAAGAAGGUCAUCGGCUUUUUUUGUAAUUAUUUAUUUUUUGUUAUUAAUAGGCGGACUUUUUUUUUUUUUUUUUUUUUUUUUUAAGAUUUUUUUUUUUUUUUUUUUCUAUUUUUAAACGUCAGGAGAAAGAAAAAAGUUUCCAGAAAGACAGCGGUAUCUGUCGGUUAGAGCCAACACAGGCGGACAGACGCUCUUUUGCGCUUUGUGUCCAUUGGAAAUAACAGUUCCGUUUCUUUUUAUAAUUUAAAUCUUUUCGUGGCUCGUUGUUGCUGCCGGAUUUUUGUCAGUGCGGGAUUUCCUCUCUUGUUCUUUUUUUUUUUUCUUUUUUCUUUUUUGCACAAAUUGACACCGAGGCUUUUGUAUCGAUAAAAACUGAAGGAGGAGAGGAAGAACCGGACCAAAAGGGGGGGCACAAACUUACCAGGUAUGGCAGCGGUGUUGCCGAGAACCCUGGGUGAGCUGCAGCUCUACCGGAUCCUGCAGCGGGCGAACCUCCUCUACUACUAUGAAGCGUUCAUCCAGCAGGGUGGCGAUGACGUGCAGCAGCUCUGCGAAGCCGGCGAGGAGGAGUUCUUGGAGAUCAUGGCUCUGGUUGGCAUGGCCAGUAAGCCGCUGCACGUGCGUCGUCUGCAGAAGGCGCUUCGCGACUGGGUCACCAAUCCAGCCAUCUUCAACCAGCCGCUCACUUCACUGCCCGUCUGCAGCAUCCCCGUCUAUAAGUUACCUGAAGGCUCCCCCACGUUACUCAGCGGCGCUCAGGAUCGCGCCAAUACCGCCAGCGUGAAGAUGCCCAAAGCCAUCGCAGCCGCCUGUUCUGACCCAGGGAAGCUGGACGUGGCUCGGGACAAAGUCUCCGCCGGGUCGCCUCUACAGGGCAGCAGCGAGGCCCGGUUCUGGUCAGGACACAGCAACGACAGUGAGCACAGCCUGUCGCCGUCGGACCUCGGAUCCCCAUCGUCGCCCAGAGACGCCCUGGAGGCUCUGGACGCCGCCGCCGUCCAGUCGGUCCUGGAGUGCGUGGACAGGAUGGCACCGGGACUCCCCAAGACCGACCUGUCCGAGGUCAAAGAACAGCUGAAGACCAACAAGAAACUGGCCAAGAUGAUCGGGCACAUCUUUGAAAUGAACGACGACGACCCUCGGAGGGAGGAGGAGAUUCGUAAAUACAGCGCCAUCUAUGGACGCUUUGACUCUAAGAGGAGGGACGGAAAACACCUGACACUCCACGAGCUAACAGUGAACGAGGCAGCGGCCCAGCUCUGUAUGAGGGACAUGGCUCUGCUGACGCGACGAGAUGAGCUGUUUGGACUCGCCCGCCAAAUUUCCAGAGAGGUCACCUACAAAUACACCUACCGUACAAGCAAGUCUCGCUGUGGAGACAGAGACGAGCCGUCCCCUAAAAGGAUUAAGACAGAGGAGAACUUCUUUGACAUCCAGGAGGCGUUGCAGGCCAUUCACAUGAGGCAGGAGAUGCUGAGGGAACAACUGGCCUGUGCAAAGUCCAAAGGAGAAGAAACUGUAGGACGUAACUUACAGAUGCAGCUGGAGCGUCUGUUGGCGAGGCAGAUGGAGAUCCUGCAGGACGCCGCCGUCCAAGAGCGACUCCAGGCGCUGGACUGGAGGAUCCCUCCCGCUGCCUUAAAGUACCUCAGUGAUGCCCAGAACACUAACGGAGCGUCUGCAGACACCAGCAGAGACAACCAAGAUGAACGACCAAUCAACUUGCGGGUGGUUAGUCAGAACAUGCAGGAAGGUGACAUCCCAUUGGGCAAACAGCUAGCCAAUGAACUGAAGCGCCAUCACAACCACAACAAUAACAACAACACAGAUGAGACGAAAACACCAGCAACAGAAAAUGGCACAUCACAGCGAGCGUCCAGCAACACAGAAAAGAAGACCAUUAAGUCAGAGCCGGAAGACUCCACAUAGUGCCUCCUGCUUCGGCCUCCUGCACCGAAACUGCCCCUUGUACCCCCCCAAUUCAUUCUACUCACACUUGACAGUAUGCAGUUUUUACCCGUCAAUAGAUACUAAGCAAGCACAGCCACAGUAGAGCCUUAACAACCAAUGUUGCCUCAUGAAUAGCAUUUAUUUUUCUUUAAUUUUGUCUUUUUGUUUUAAAAGGUAUUUGCCAAAGCACCUACAGAGCAUGUCGAGAAACCCCUCAAGUGCUCCACAGGUCUUUGUCUGUUAAUUAAUUGUACACGUUAGAUGUACAUGUAAUUUAAGAGUGAUCUGUUGCAGACAUUUGUAUACUCUUUACCUCUACUUAGAUGUUGUUUUUGUUGCUUUCUCUGGACAGCCAGGUUGCAGGCUGUGAUGCUGGGGCUGAUUCUUAACUCAAUUAUAGAUCCAGGCAUCGACAAAAGGAAGAAAUAUUGGCUUGUGUGCCUGCAAGUUCAAGCUGUAGCAUAUGAGAAUGUUGGUAACACUUGACUUGACUACUGUAUAUAUAAUAUUCUGAACGUUUUUAUUGUAUUCUAUUGUGUUUUAGAUUUUGGUUAAUGACUUUUCCACCAGGCUAAAGUGCGUCAAAUAAAACUUCCACUUCAACAUUAAUGGAUUAUCCCAUAAUGAACCCUGUGUAAGAUUACAAUGAACAUCUUCGUGUUCUGAUUUAGCUCACAAUCUCACUGUAAAACUAAAAAUGUCUGGGUUAAUAUUUUAAGUCAAUGAUCUGUUUGAAGAGCUCCACCAACUCAUUGCAAAUCAGUUGGUGAUAGUAUAACGUAUUUGUAGUACAUUAUAGUCAACAGAUAGUGGAUGUUACAAACCCAAAAGAGUGGUAAUAAUUAUUAAAGGGGAAAAAUAAAUUAAUCGACCAAUAUUAUCACCUACUAAAAAAAAAUGCAGUACUGUUAUAAAUGAAUUAUAUUGCCUUUAUCUAACAUUUAACUCAUAAUAACGACUACCUAAAUGAAUAAAUCACUGAAUAAAUAUCAAUCUGAAACUAACCAUUAAAAAAAUGUAGGCAAUUUUAGGUUAAAAUAGGUUAAAAGUUUUAAUAUUCACUUUUCAGGCUGUUAUUUUUUUUCUCAUUGUCAAUAAUUGCAUUUCAAAACCCUGAUAUUAGCCAUGGCCAGUAUCAGUACCUUCCUCUGCUGAUACAGUGAGUAUGUACAACAUCCAAUGGACCAAAGUAAUUAACUGGUCUAUUUCAGCGAUAUUGUAGUUUAGUUUAUCAGAGUCUGGUGUUUCUAUUCACAUUAUUUCUUGCUGUGCUCUCAAGGUUCCCUUCUGACUUCCAAGCUACAAAGUAAACAUUGAAAAGCCUUCAGUGGAAUUUUGUGUUGUGGAACGAGACAAGCCUACUUUGUCCUUUUAUAACGUUUUCUUUUACAAGGAUUUUUCCAUUUUAAUCCUCCCCAGAGUCCCAUUCCAUUCAGUCUUACCUUUCUCCACCCAUAAAAGAAAGUGUGGAGAUAGAUAUGGAUAUGCAAGAGUAGUAAGGCAUUCUGGGUAAUGUGUAGGGAUGGGAAUUAAUAAGAAUUUAAUGAUUCUGGUUCUAUUAUCAGUAUCACUUGAUCACUUCAGUUCAUCGAUUCUCACUGGAUUAGGGAAUAAACUAUAAUGCAAAUGCUUUGUUUGCAUUAACAAAAAAUAGCUUUAAUGUCAAAUAUGCGCUCACAUUCUGCACUGAAUGUGAACAGACCUCCUAAAGGCUUCUGCAGGUGUCGUUAAAGGAGUGUUCCAUCCACCUGCUGCUCCUCUGAGCCUGGUUGUCAUGGAGAUGUUUCAUAAACAAUAGUAAAGCAGGCUGACACAGUGAAAUGACGCUAACAUUAACAGUAUCGAUAGAACCUGGAGGAGUUUAACGUUAGCGGCUGCGAUGGAGGACGCCUCGCUGUAGGCUCCGCCCCCAGAGUCACAGCCCCCUUUGCUCAGCAGCCAAUCAGAAACGUUCCAUCGGUGCAGUUUAAUUGGAUAAUGUGGUUAAACUGUUAUGAAUGGUCCUAGUGUCGUCUUUACUUCUUUACGGGUCAAAUACAACCAGACUUUAGAGGAAACAACCAAAAUACAGAAAUGACCUGAUGACGCAUUUGACCUGAUGAUGUCAUGGAGCUGAUAAGUGGAAUUGUUAAACAAACAGACUUAAAAUUCCAAGGCACUGAGCUACUGGAAAUUCCCAUCUUGAUUCCCAUCCCAUAGUAAUGUGUUUACUGUUGCUAAUCAUCACAUUCAUAUGACAUUUAUCAACACAUGAUCAAUGUAACUUGUAGUAAUCUCUAUAUAAUGUGUAUAUUACAUAUUCAUUUCAGAGUUUCCGAGAAAAAACAGUCCUAUUGAAAACAUCUCAGUUGUAAUUGUUCUGAAUGCUCAACAUGCGUAGCGUUACCUCAUUUCAACAUCUAUGUUCUAAAGAUAUGCUAAGGUGGCUGGUUUUUAAAAGGCUUGCCAGUCCAGGGAGAGGAUUGGUCCACUAAGGACAUCAGUGCUACCCAAAGAUUUAGCAGCGUGGUCACCUCUCCUGUCCUCUUAGCCUCAGUCGACUCUUUUCCCAGGUUCAACUCUGCAUUUGUACUGUAGCUCCAAGCCAUGUGUAAGUACUGUUGGAAGAUUGAGUUAAGAGUCAGCCCCUAUAAGUAGGUUUUUUGGGUUUUUUUGUCAUUUGCUUCAAAUGGGAAUAGAGGACAGUAGAAUUAAUCCCUCUUUUCUUGCUCUUGUCUUGUGUAUAUUUAUGGGAGGUAAUUUACAGAGCGAUGUAUAGGAGCGCUGUUGUGGAAUAACAGCAGGAGACCUCUAUUUUGGCAAGAUGGCUGGGCUGGCAUGCCAUUGGCCAACCUAAUUGGCUCAUUUUACUUUGUAAUUUAGCACAACACUGCAGUUGAAACAAAACCAUGCAUCUGCAAACACAGAGCAUUUCAGGGAUGAAGAAUCCUGUGUGUUGUAGAGAUGAUUCAGGAAGUUUUCAGCUGGUCCCAACGGUCACCGAACCACUCAAAAGACAUAAUUGUUAAAAUUGCAGGUAUAUGGUUUUUUCACAACUGCAGCAAAAACAAAAAAAAAAGUUCUUGUUAAUGCUGUUCUUGGCAGAGCAGCCUGGAGUCUGUAAAUAAUAUCAUGAUAACAAAUAGUGCUAGCCUAAUCUCUCAACCAGGGUUUUCCUUUGUCAAGUGUAACUUUGCUGUAGAUUUUUGGUGUCAAUACAGUGUUUAUGUAUGUAGAGCAAAAACAAAAAAAAGAGAAAACUUAAGUGUCAAUGGGGAAAAAAUACAACAGUGUGAAAGUGUCUGCUAUAUAAAAACAUGCUUUACAUUAUGAUAAUGUUGACUAGCCUUAGCUCUUUUAAAAAAAAAAAGUGUUUAAUCCACCUGUGAUGGCCAUCAGUGCAUAUUUCAAUGAUGUGUUUUGCUGUUUAGAGGUAGAUACAUAACAGAUAAAUGUUCACUGUGUUUUUAUGUGUUUGCCACACUGUGUAAAUACGUCUGUUUGGUCCAAGAUGUUAAUAAUGUCAAGACAAUUUGGUCGAACCCUCCUUUCCCCUUACUCCUUGCAUAUAGUUUAGUGUCACUCAGCGUAAUGACAGACCAAUGCAAUAUUUAUGUAAGUAAUAAGUCUAUUUGCAUAAUGUAUGAAUUUAUCAUAUUGUCUUGUGCCCAGUAACUGUCUGUCGUCAGCAUCAGGGUGGGAAAUUAUCUACAACUUGGGGAAAUACUUGUGUUCUCUCACUUCUAGUGCACAGCGCACUGUAUUUGUAUUUAAAGACAUUGUGCUCUUUUCACAAAAUUUCACAAAAUUCUAUAACGUUAUUCUGUUUCUAUGGCGAGAAAUUAACAAGGAUUUGAGGUCAUGAUCUGUUGAACUGUCACUAAAGUUAAAAUGGCUCGUGAAAACAAUGACAUGUCGGCAACUGCGGCUGGACAUGAAAAAAAAAACAAAACCUUGGAUUCGUGCCAGUUCGGCUUAAACACUGGCCUGGUUGACUGUCAUACAGUGUUUCAGAGGAUAGUGCAUGUCUGAGCUGCCAUCUCACUGAUCACCAUUCUCCUCAAUGUUUAUUGUAAAGUGAUAGAUUAGGCUUCACCUAGUUAUGCACCUGUUUUUUAAACACUAAUAUAUUUUAUUUGUUAUACAGCACAUAAACAUUAAACUUUAUUUUUUGAACUCUA